AUGCGUCUUAUCGAGUUCAACGACGGUGGCGACUUCAGCCUGACUCAUGACUUCAUCGACGACGUCCCACGUUAUGCUAUACUUUCGCACACAUGGGGAAAGGAUACAGAAGAGGUGACAUACAGAGACUUAAUGGGUGGGACUGGGAAGGACAAGGUUGGCUAUGAUAAGAUCCGAUUUUGCGGAGAGCAGGCUGCUCGCGAUAACCUCCAAUAUUUCUGGGUUGAUACUUGCUGCAUCGAUAAAUCUGAUGCGAUAGAGCUUCAAACAGCCAUCAACUGUAUGUUUCGAUGGUACAAAAAUGCAGCGAAGUGCUAUGUCUAUCUAUCGGAUGUUUCAACAACGGAGCAGAAAGAAAGUGAUCGCCUGCUUGAGCAUACUUGGGAAUCGGCUUUUCGAUCAAGCAGAUGGUUUACGCGGGGUUGGACGCUUCAAGAACUGCUGGCCCCUUCUUCAGUCGAGUUCUUCUCAGCCGAUUGUGAGCUCCUUGGCGACAAAAAGUCCCUUGAGCCUUUAAUCCAUGAAGUUACAGGACUUCCUGUCAAGAUACUCCAAGGGUAUGAUCUAGCGAGAUUCAGCUUUGAUGAACGAGUCUCCUGGACAAUGAAGAGACAAACCAAACAUGAAGAAGAUAUGAUUUAUUCCCUACUAGGUAUCUUCGGAGUGUCUUUGAUACUUAAUUAUGGUGAAGGACGAGAUAAUGCGCUCCGACGACUUCGCGAUGAGGCCGAUAUUCAUCAGAGAUUUAUUCUUGGUAGAUUGCAGUUUGUCGAUAACGCCGCUUUCGACUCCCACGAAGAAGAGCACAAUGCCAGAUGUUACCAAGGCACUCGAGUUGAACUCCUUCGGCAGAUAGAUACCUGGGCUGAACAUUCAAAGAACGAAUGUAUAUUCUGGCUGAGCGGCAUGGCAGGGACCGGCAAAUCGACAAUCUCUCGGACAGUGGCUCAAAAUUUCGCCAACAAGAGAGAACUUGGGGCUAGUUUCUUCUUCAAAAGGGGCGAAGGCGACCGUGGUCAUGCAGGAAUACUCAUUACAACAAUUGUCACUCAGCUUGUUCAAAAACUCCCUUCCUUGGCGCUGCCUGUCCGAAACGCAAUUGAGGCUGACCCUAGCAUCUCUAGAAAGGCUUUGAAGCAACAAUUUAAUAUGCUUAUCUCAGAACCUCUACGCAAGAUACAAACUGAUCGUCAGGAGCCUUCAACAAUAGUGAUAGUAGUUGAUGCGCUGGACGAGUGCGAUAGAGAAGAGGAUAUCAGAAUUAUAAUCCACACUCUUUCACAAGCCAUGCCCAUUCCAUCGAUACGCCUCAGAUUCUUUAUAACAAGCAGGCCAGAGCUUCCUAUUCGCCUCGGCUUCGAAGAUAUCAACGGUAGAUAUGAUAGGCUUGCCCUCCAACAAAUUCCCAAGCCUAUUAUAAAGGAGGACAUCUCUGUAUUCCUGGAAUAUGAGCUAGCGAUGAUCCGAGAUAAGUACAACAAAUCAGUCCCCACGCAUAGGAAAUUACCCAUAGACUGGCCAGGCCAAACAGACAUCCAAAGCUUAGUUAGAAUGGCUGUUCCCUUGUUCAUUUUUGCCUCAACUAUUUGCCGGUUCAUCAAUGAUCGAAAAAUUGGUCAACCAAAGGGUCAGCUUGCUAAGGUCUUGGAGUAUGAAACUAAAAGCCAAGCAUCCAAGCUUGAUGCAACAUACCUCCCAGUCCUGAAUCAGUUGAUUGUGGGGGCGAAUGAUUCAGAAAGACGAGAUAUAGUAGAGGGAUUCACGCAAGUUGUUGGUUCAAUUGUUAUCCUUGCUAACCCCCUCUCUGCCACUUCUCUGGAUCUACUGCUUGGAGUUCCUGAGGAUACAGUCGAAAGCAAGACGGAUCUGCUUCACUCGGUUUUAAGCGUUCCAUCGAACCCUCACCAUCCUAUACGACUACUUCAUCUAUCAUUCCGGGACUUCCUUGUUGAUCCUGAGAAGCGCAAGACAAACCUAUUCUGGAUCAACGAGAAAGACCGCCAUGCGAAGCUAGCGGAUAGAUGCCUUCAAGUCUUAUCUAUGAAUGAAAAUCUUAAAAAGGAUAUCUGCAACCUUCAAGCCCCAGAAAAGACACGAGCGGAUGUCGAUAAACGAACAAUAGAUUUACACCUACCACCAGAGGUUCAAUAUGCUUGCCAGUAUUGGGUAUACCAUUUGAAGGAGAGCGGAGGUAUUUUAUACGAUGAUAACCAAGUUCACAAUUUUCUUAAGAGUCAUUUUCUUCAUUGGCUUGAAGCAUUAAGCUUUAUUGGAAGGCUGCGAGAAAGCAUUAGUAUGAUUGAAAAUUUAGUGGCAAUGAUACAAGUAGGUUAUUCAUCGCUAUCUAUAGCAAAAGCUUAUUGA